CAUUUAGUUCCCACCUAUAAGUACAACAAACAAGACCACUAGUCAUCUAUAGCAAAACAAAUUACCCAUUUCCGUCGGAAGUAAAAAUCAAACCAAACAUGUUCUCCUCCAAACUCUCCUUACUGAUCACGGUGGCGCUGAUGGCGGCAACCACCACACUAACGGUGGCCCAACCACCGUCAUGUGCUUCUAAAUUAGUACCAUGUGCACCUUACCUCAACUCAACAAAACCACCGGCUUCUUGCUGUGACCCACUCAGAGAAGCCGUGACCAAAGAUCUUGAUUGUCUCUGCAACCUGUACGAAAAUCCUACGUUGUUGCCCUCUCUUGGUAUUAAUGUUACUCAAGCACUUGCUCUUCCUAAGGCCUGUAAUAUCCCCGGCGAUAUUAGCGCUUGUAAAGCUGCUGCUCCAAAAAGUUCAGGUUCUUCUCCUUCUGGGACAACGCCAGUCACACCAGCUGCAAAAGAUAAAAAUGGAGUGAGCAGGAUUGCAUGGACCGGAAUGUCAAGCGUACUCAUGCUCUGCGCUUCUAUCGUGCUUGCUUAGAUCAAUGAUCAUGUUCUUCUAGUAUUAGGGUCAUCUUGAUGAAUUUCUCUACUCAAUUAUUAUUCGGAGGAUUGGCGGAUUGCUCUCCAAGCCUUUAUCUCUUGUACUCUGAGUUUUGCAUUCUGUUAUCUGCUGAGAUGAACUAAAUUGAUGUAUGAGUCACAGGAGCUCUUUGAUUGUUUUAAGAUUUGCAUACUUUGUGUUCACAUGUUCUUGAUGUUGUAUUCUUGGGGUUUGUUAUGCGAAAUUGGCAGGUUAAAUAUGAGCAAGAGCCUCUGUUUUUAUUGCCC